CUCCUUUUCCACAUCCCGUUUUGUCCUUUCUCACCCUUCUCACCCUUUUGCCGUGCAUCACCUGCUUCACAUGUCUUAGAGCAUUCAUUCUACACCACCCUACACCGCCCUCAUGGAAAGCACUUUAGGUCCGCGUGAGACUACUCCAGAAAUUCAUCCAACUCAGGGGGUUUAUCUCUCGAGAGAAACCAUUGUCAGCAUAAUUGAUUUCCUUAUUCCCGGAUGCAACAUCUUGGCUAUCGAUCCUCUAGAGCAUGGCAAAUCAUUCAACAAUCGCAUCUACUUUCUGAAGAUAUAUGUUCCUGACGACCUGCUCUUACACGGCCUGAAGAACGGAGCUGUUAAUGAUUUGGUUUUGAAACUGAACGGAAAGUUCUUUGACCAGACGAAAAGCGAAAAUGAGGUGUCCUGCUUAUCUCUUCUUGAGUAUUUUGUGCCCGAAAUUCCGUCACCAAGGGUUCUUGCCUGGUCUGACAGCAAGAAUUUCGUCAUUCACAAGUUGACUGUCGUGGGAACCUUAGCAACAAAGCAAUUCGCGAUUAAUUCCGAAGCCGACGGACAACUCCAGGGCUGGAUCCUAAUGACUCGACUUCCUGGAGUUCCUUUGUCGACGUUGAAUCUGGAUACAGACAAGCUCAAGGUCGUCGGCGAGCAAUUAGCGGAUAUGGUCUACCGCUGGAGACAGUCGCUCCCUGCUUCGACAACUGCUGGAAACCUGGUAUGUGGACUUCCUCAUGGGAAGAAACAAGAUCCAAAUUCAUUCGAAGUUGCCGGUUUGCGCAUUACGUCUUCUUCAAACAUGCCUGGUUUUGGUGUCAAAGUUUUCGAGCCUAUCAUAGGCCAGCUUCAAUACUACCGAGUGAGGCUUGAGACACGGCUCCAGAAGCUUCAGGAACUCGAUGUUUUUGCUAGGAACAGGCAUUUAAUCCCUCCGAUCAGAGAGUUUAUUGCUAUCCAAUUGCCGAAACUCGGAAUAGGCAGUGAGAAAAAUCGUUUCUUGUUCACACACUACGACCUUUCUCCACGCAAUGUCUUGAUGUCUGCGGAUCACACGAAGAUCACUGGUAUCAUUGACUUUGAAUUUUCUGGGUUUUUCCCUGAAUUGGAUGAAUUUGUCAAUGAUUCCGUGGCAAAUAAAGGCGACUGGCCCGAUGCUUUUUACGAAGCGUACUUGAGUAGGUUCGAGGCCUGGGGAAUGAAUACUCCAAGAAAAGGCAUCAAAGAUCAAUAUUGGAGAGAGGCAACGACUCUUUCUCGAUUGGAAGACAAUAUAGCGCCCUGGUGGCUUGAGAAUGUGGCACUAGAGAAGAAGAAUCAACACGCGCAGGACCUCCAGAAGUCGAAAGAAAUAGUUUUAGAAGCAAUUCAGCUACUGGGAGCCGGCGUUUGAAAUCUCUUUAAUCAAGAACUCCAUCCUAUGGGUGAUUCCAGUUAGAUAUUGGUCUUCUUGUCUCAUCUUUUCUUUUCUCUUCUCAU